GACUCCUCUCUCUCUCUCUCUCUCUCUCUCUCUCUCUCUCUCUCGUUUCACCUUCUCGAAGAGAGAGAGAGGCAGGAGGAAGGAAGUCUCAGCGAAAGAGCUUUGACCUUCUCUCUCUUUCUCUCUUCUCUCUCUGUUGUUUCUUCCAUGGUGGGUUCACACCCUGAAUUCCUAUUCUCUUCCCCUUUCCCUUCAAAAACCUAACCUAUUUUCCCUUAAAUCUCCUCUCCCUCUUCAAGCAUUGUUGGCUUGCAUUUUUUUUUUCUCCGUACCCUAAUCUUAAUUCUUCCAACCCCCGCCAUCUUUCUCUCUGUCCGUCGAAUCCUUACUUCUUUUUUGGAUUUUGAUCCUGCCCAUUUGAUUUUUUCCCUUCAAACGAAGCUUUCUCGGGAAUUUUCUCCUGAAAUUUACGAUUUAUUGGGCGCGAGAUCCGAGAUUUGAAGGUGGAAAUCGAAAUUUCUUCGAAUAUUGAAGAUACCGGCGUUUGUUCGCUUGAUUUCUUUGUAUUUUUUAUAAUAAGAUUACACUAUCGAUUGAAAUCGACAUAUAUUUUGCUCAAAUCCUGCAACCCAGUUCGUCGUAAGAUCCCAAAAGGCUUGAGAUUCACAGCUUCUAUUCAUGGGAAAUUGCUGCGCGGCACCCUCUGUUUCCUCCGACAAGAAAAAGGGGAAAAAGAAAGAUAACCCAUUUGCUGUCGACUAUGCUGGGAAUCACGCAUCUGUGAAUGGCGGACACAAGCUCUAUGUACUGAAAGAUCCGACGGGUCGCGAAAUCGAGGUCAGAUACGAACUGGGUCGCGAGCUUGGGCGAGGUGAGUUCGGGAUUACGUAUCUGUGCACUGAUAAAUCUUCUGGGGAUUUGUUUGCUUGCAAAUCAAUAUCGAAGAAGAAGCUGAGAACUGCAGUGGACAUCGAGGAUGUGAGGAGAGAAGUGGAGAUCAUGAAGCGUUUGCCUAAGCAUCCCAAUAUUGUGAGCUUGAAGGACACUUAUGAAGAUGACAAUGCCGUCCAUUUGGUGAUGGAGCUGUGCGAGGGUGGAGAAUUGUUCGAUCGGAUUGUCGCCCGCGGCCAUUACACAGAGCGGGCGGCUGCAGUUGUUACACGGACCAUUGUUGAAGUUGUUCAGAUGUGCCACAAACAUGGGGUGAUGCAUCGAGAUCUUAAACCAGAGAACUUUUUGUUUGGAAACAAGAAGGAAACAGCACCUUUAAAGGCAAUCGAUUUUGGAUUGUCUGUGUUCUUUAAACCUGGUGAGAAAUUCACUGAGAUAGUAGGAAGUCCAUAUUACAUGGCUCCUGAGGUGCUAAAACGGAAUUAUGGCCCAGAAGUAGAUGUCUGGAGUGCUGGAGUAAUUCUGUACAUUUUGCUUUGUGGUGUCCCACCCUUUUGGGCAGAAACUGAACAAGGAGUUGCACAAGCAAUUAUUAGGUCAGCCAUUGAUUUUAAGAGGGACCCUUGGCCACGAGUUUCUGAUAAUGCAAAAGAUCUUGUCAGGAAGAUGCUUAAUCCUGAUCCGAAAAGGCGGCUUACAGCUCUAGAAGUAUUAGAUCAUCCUUGGUUACAGAAUGCCAAAAAGGCUCCAAAUGUUUCUUUAGGUGAAACUGUAAGGGCAAGGCUCAAGCAAUUUUCUGUAAUGAACAAGCUCAAGAAAAGAGCUCUAAGGGUUAUUGCUGAGCAUUUGUCGGUCGAGGAAGUGGCUGGUAUAAAGGAGGGAUUCGACCUUAUGGACACAACUAACAAAGGCAAGAUCAACAUGGAUGAGCUAAGGGUUGGGUUGCACAAGCUUGGUCAACAGAUCCCUGAAGCAGAUCUCCAAAUACUAAUGGAAGCUGGUGAUGUAGAUGGGGAUGGAUUUUUGGAUUAUGGAGAGUUUGUAGCGAUUUCAGUCCAUUUAAGAAAGAUGGGCAAUGAUGAGCAUCUUCGGAAAGCCUUUGAGUUCUUUGAUAAGAACAGGAGUGAAUAUAUAGAAAUUGGAGAGCUAAGGGAUGCCUUAGCUGAUGAAGUCGACAACAAUAGUGAAGAAGUCAUUAAUGCCAUCAUGGGAGAUGUGGAUACUGAUAAGGACGGGCGGAUAAGUUAUGAGGAGUUUGCUGCAAUGAUGAAGGCUGGUACAGAUUGGAGGAAAGCAUCAAGGCAAUAUUCCCGGGAGCGGUUCAAUAGUCUUAGCUUGGAGUUGAUCAGGGAUGGAUCAUUGCAGUUGAACAACGAGAACAGAUGACUUGAGACACACAACUCACAGAAGAAGGACAUUUCUAGUUUUCUUUUUUGGGGUUUUAAGAUUCUUUUUAUUAUUUUUUAGUCUUCAUGAAACCCUUUCUUGGGUUAACUAGGAUUGGGGCUCUGGGUGUUAAUGCCCUUCUGAAUUGCUAUGUUUUGUUUUCUUUUUCAUGGGAGAUUGUCUGGGGAGAAGAGGUAAAGGUCAUAGGGGAAGAGGUGGUUGUUAUUUGUAUUUGUAAAUAUUGAUUUGGCAAUACAGUUGUCACUGAAUAUUUGUGUA